AUGGGUCCACCAACAAUACGCAAAGACAUUCGAUCACCAAGCAAUAGAUUACGAAGAGGUUUCCAAGUUUACCAAGAAGUUUGCGCAUCGUGCCAUUCUUUGAGCCGUAUUCCAUACAGAGCUUUGGUCGGUGUUACACACACAGUCGAUGAGGCAAAGGCUAUGGCCGAAGAGAACGAAUACGACAGCGAGCCAAACGAUGAGGGUGAAAUCGAAAAGCGACCUGGAAAACUCUCCGAUUACCUCCCAUCCCCAUACAAGAACGAUGAAGCCGCUCGUGCUGCCAACAACGGAGCUUUGCCACCUGAUCUCAGUUUGAUGGUCAAGGCCAGACACGGCGGUGCCAACUAUAUUUUCAGUUUGUUGACUGGUUACCCAGAUGAGCCCCCAGCAGGAGCCAAGGUUCCAGAAGGACUCAACUUCAACCCAUAUUUCCCAGGUACCGGUAUUGCUAUGGGCCGUGUUCUUUACAACGAACUUGUUGAGUAUGAAGAUGGCACCCCAGCAUCAGCAUCACAAAUGGCCAAGGAUGUUGUCGAGUUCCUCAACUGGUCAGCCGAGCCUGAGAUGGAUCAACGUAAGAAGAUGGGUAUGAAGGUUUUGGUUAUUGGAUCUAUGCUUUUCGCCUUGAGCAUUUGGGUUAAGCGUUACAAGUGGUCCCCUAUCAAGACAAGAAAGAUCGUGUAUAGCCCACCUAAGACUGGCAACGGUCCUGCACAUCACUAG